GACUCUCAUCUCUGCAACUCUCGUCUUUUACACCGACCAUGGUUCUCUCCUUCUGCAAUUCGUACAUUUCCAUUCCCAUCUCCCUUUCUCGUUCCUCCACCUUCAGAAGCGUAACAUCUGAGGUUGUUACUCUGAAUGCAUGUUCCCUUUCUUUUAUUCAGCGCCUUCACUCCCCAACCCCUUCUGUUUUGUCGUUCCCCACAGUCUCGGUAAAACCCAUAUCCUUAAGGUUCUCCAUAGGGCCUCCGAGGGUGGCAGCACAGCAGAAAUACGUUUAUCCCGACCCAAUUCCGGAAUUCGCUGAGGCUGAAACCCAGAAGUUCAGGGGCGAGCUUCGGAAGAAGCUCUCCAAGGACAAGGAGACGUUUGGAGAUGAACUCGAUGCGGUUGUAACGGUCUGUGCUGAGAUAUUCAGUGAUUUCCUGCACAAGGAGUAUGGAGGCCCUGGAACGUUGUUGGUGGAACCUUUCACAGACAUGCUAGUUGCUCUCAAGGAGAAGAAGCUGCCAGGAGCACCUGUGGCUGCACGGGCUGCACUUUUAUGGGCUCAAAACUAUGUGGACAAUGACUGGGAAGUCUGGAAUUCCCAACUUCCCAAAUGAUAUUUUAUGUUUGUAUUCAGUUUUACCUCAGUUAUCUCAAGCCGGCGUAUUGGGUUACUGGGCUUUCUCAUGCAUUGAAAACGCACAGAGAGAACUUAGAUGUUCAUGAUGCUGACCUUUAAUCUAAAGGCAAAUCUAGAAUUCAUUCUGGAAAAGUAGUGAUUACAACUUUGGAUGGCAAGGCAAGGCUCCUCAUCUUUAUACAAAGGGUUUGUGUAAUACUCAUUGUGUCAGUUUAGAUGUGGGAGUUUCGGAUCACUUGGCUUGCUUACCCAUUACCCACCUACACAGAUGUACUGUACUUAUUUCCAAGGUUUGGGUUGAGGGCAGUCCAUUGCUCUGGUUGCUGGCCGUAGUCGUUUGAGAUGGAGGGAGAAUAUAUUUUGAAGUGCCAUCAUCUGCGUUCACCUUGUGGCAUCUCGGAGAUGCUCUGUAAUGAGGGGCGCCAUGGUCUUGAUCUUGUUGAAGCUGAAGGUGCUGAGGGGGUCCUUGGUCGGUGUCUCUCUUGUUUUGCCACCUGAAAUUUAAGACAAUGAUUCAUAAAUGAAAAUUCAUAAUGGUAACAGAUAGAUAGCUUUACGGUCA